AUGUCCCUAGUGGUGCAGGUGCGCUUUCCGGGGGAAACUCUCCCCCCACUUGAGGACGAGAAGAAAAACACGACCUUCAAAGUCGGCCCUGGUCUAACGCAUAUUUCACCUUCGACACUUAUCGUCAGUAGAGCUGGAGAACUCAACAUAGACCAGCGAAAGCACACCAUCUGGAUGGAGUCUAACAGUAAACGUUAUGUUGCUUCUCAAAAUGAUGCCAUCAUAGCUACAGUUCUUCGGUCUACCGCGGACUCUUACAUCUGUGCCAUCCCCUCCUCAAAUUCACCAGUCCCAUCGGCAAGCCAGGCGGUAUUACCUCACCUCGCGUUUCCUCAAGCAACGAAGAAAACUCGACCCGUGCUUCAUCAAGGCUCAGUUGUCUAUGCCCGCAUAAGCCUCGCAAACAAGCAUAUAGAUCCCGAACUAGAAUGUUACGAUGCUGACAGCGGCAAAUCUGAGGGGUUUGGGGAACUGAAGGGAGGUUUUGUCUUCGGAGUUAGUCUAGGAAUGGCCAGGAGGCUACUUGGAGAUGCGAAGAAAACCAGGCUGCUCAGGGUGAGGGAAAGAAAGGCGGAAGCGGGGAGAAAGGGGGAAGAAUACCAGGAUGUCGGAGUCGAUAUGAGCUCCGGAAGGGAAGUGUUGGAGGAAUUGGGCGAGAGUCUGUCAUUCGAGCUUGCCGUUGGGAGAAACGGGAGGAUUUGGGUACAUAGUGGAGAUCCCAAGACGACGCUCUGUGUAAUGAGAUGUAUUCAGCAGAGCGAGUUCCUCACUGGAAAAGAGCAACGUCAACUGGUCAAAGAGGCCCUCAAAGCUCUUGGAUAGUAACCCGCUAUUACUCCAUCUACUUUAAAACCAAUCUUAUGGAUUAUGGUGCCAGUAA